AAUAAAAACAAAACGCUUGAAAGCACCAAAAAUAAAAUAAAAGAAUUUGCGUUGAAAAUGGACGAUCUCUUUGAUAUAGCACAUCGAGAUGCCUUGACCAUUACUGAAAAAAAACGCAGAAUUGAAGAAUUCAGAUUUGAUAUUGAUACUGAAGAUGACGCGGAAACACAGGGGACGGAGGAGGAAGCUCAAGAAGAAGUAUAUAGCCAGAAUUCUGCGGAUUGGGAUAGAAUGGAUGUUUCUCUAUCUCAGGCAACCUCUGGGCCAUCGGGUAGCAGGAAAAUGAGGUAUAGUCGUGGGGUGAAAGAGCUGUUAACAAUGAAACUUUCUAUGUUAUUAGAUCGAUGUAAGGUAUCUGAUAGAAAUGCUUCUCGCAUAAUUAUUGCUACGAUAGAAGCACUAGGGCAAAAUCCAAUUGACUUUGUAGUUUCAAAAUCAAACUUACAUUCAACAAGAAAAAACUUUUGCUUGGUUUAAUGCCCCAAGAGCUUAUCUGGCUCCUAAACAAG